CAGCCUUCUGGAGUCCUUGCUGAACACAACAUGAAUGAUCUGCUUUUGCAUUCUCCCAGUCAAGUUGGUUCCAAAGCAGACAGAGCAUUACUAGGUUCAAAUGUUAGAAGUCCAAGAAAUCAACAUUCUAGAAGCUUGGCAGCUGCAUCAGAUCAAGGCAUUUCUAACAAAUCAUCUUGUGGAAAUCCAUGCACAUCUGUUAGCUCCCCUACUGUUUGCAAGAAGAAGCAUGAAAGUCAUUCAGUAGCAGUUACAUGUGUACAGUCUGCUUCUUCAUCAGCUCCUGUGGCAACUACAGUUGAUAAUGCUCGGAAUGAUGCUGUUAUGGAAACUUUUAGCAUAUUUGGCGGAACUCCAUUUAAAAGAAGUAUUGAAUCCCCUUCAGCAUGGAAAUCCCCUUGGUUCAUCAACUCUUUUCUGCCUGGUCCAAGGAUUGAUACUGACAUAACAAUUGAGGAUAUGGGGUAUUUUAUGAGCCCAGGAGAUAAAAGCUUGGAUGCCAUUGGGUUGAUGAAACAGAUAAGUGAGCACAGUGCGGCUGCAUACGCCAAUGCCCAGGAGGUUUUGGGAAAUGAAACUCCAAAAACAUUACUAAAGGAAAAAUGCACCAACCAUGGAAAUCUGGACCAAGAAAACAAUCAUGUACCACAUAACCAUACUGGGAGCCGUUCCCAUUUGGCUCCAAAUGUUCUGACAGAGCGUCGCAUCCUUGACUUCAGUGAAUGUGGAACACCUAGGAAGGGAGCAGAAAAUGUGAAAUCCUCGAACGGUAUAAGCUUGUCAAGUCCGUCUUCCUAUCUGUUAAAGGAAUGCAGAUAGCUAUGGCUAAAAGCCUUUCACUGUCAUUAUUUGAAGUCGAUAUAUACAUAUUGUUCUUCCUCUUUCACUGUUGCACAUUUUGAUUUUGAUUAAUUGAUAGAAGGUUCAAGUUCAA